AUGGACGAUACAAAUGAUUAUGAGGAGAACAAAAUAACAAGUGAUUCUGGUAGUGGUUUUUCUUCACAAUUCAAUGAAAAAACAUCAAUCGAACAUGAACCUUGGCAUCAUUCAAUUUUAAUUGAAAAUUCACCAAAGGUUUCGGAAAAAAACCGUGAAUAUUUAGGAAGAAAAAUGUCUGCAGCAAUAAAAAAAGUAAAUGAUGGUUCAUUUAAUCGUACAGCAUUAGCAGAACUGACAACAGGAAUAAAUGAAGAAAAAUUAUUGUCAUCAUCAUCAUCACCACCACCAAAAGCAUCACCAUUAAUUCAACAACAACAAUCAUCAUCUUCACUUUCAUGA